GAUAUCUUUAAAUUUAAAAUAUACUCAAUAUCCGUCCCAAAUAAAUGCAUGCUUGUUACCCAAAAAAAUCAUGCAUGUUACCGAUACAUAAAGGUAAAAAUAUCUUUCUUCAAAAUUUGAUUCCCUUUUGAUAGACAUAAAGCCGAUACAAUCGGCUUCUUCACUUUUACCCACUUACUUUAAAAUACUAGGGUUUUUUACUCCACCACACACCUCUAUCGGCUUCUUCACUUUUACCCACCGAGAGAGAGAGUUCAAAAGAUUGAAGCACAGAGAGUUCAAAAGAUUGAAGCACACUCGGACUCAUCCAUGGCAUCUUCUUCACAGGCGAAUGUCCCAUAUCUUCGUCGCGACACUAUAGACCAGACGGAGGUUGCUAUCAGCACCUACUAUAGGGAUUCACAUUUUCCGGAGCUGGUUGAAACUUUAAAUGUGGUCGGCGAACAGUGCAAUUCAGAUUUAUUGGGAAGAUUUAGAGCAUCAUGUUUUGGGCAUUUCACUGAUUGGAGGCCCGGCGCGAAGAGCAAUAAAGCAUUACACCAGAUUGUAUCGAGGCAGAUUGUGUCAGAAGAAAAUGAGAUGUGCUUCUUUCUGUGCGGAGCACGAGUCAGAUUUUCCCCUGCGGACUACGCAUUAGUGACUGGGCUCAAUUUCGGGGGAUCGAGGUUCGAUGCGACAUUACAGCACGACUGCAGUCGCGUGGAGGCAUACCGACGAUUCUGCGGUACGCGAAGCAUGACCAUACAGUCGCUCAUCAAACGCGUGUGCGAUUUGGAUAGUCGAGUGGAUGAUGAGGAUGGGAGCCUGUACCUUCGUGCUGUCCUCGUGUGUGUGGCUCACACCCUUGUUCUUGGGUUGGAUGCGCGGGUACAGCCGUGGCUUUGGGUGUUGGUGGAUGAUCUGGCUGCAUUUGAUAGAUUCCCCUGGGGCGCGUAUUCGUAUAAGAUGUUAUGCCAUUAUACGAGAGAGACAGGAAAGGGCGAGAAGUAUCACUUCUACGGUCCUUCGUGGGCUUUAUAUGUCUGGGCAUUGGAGCGCGUCCCGGGCUUCGGACACAUGGUCGCAGCAUCUAGCGGUGAUCCGACAGCGCACCCUCGGUGUUUGAGAUGGACUUUCAGGGGUAAGCCGAAGCUUCACGGUCUGCGCGAUCUAUUCGAGGGACAGGGUGGUGUCAUGCCCCUGGACCCCGAUGCUGACGAUCUGUCGAGUCACUACUUCAUAUCAGCGCUGACACCGGGCGAACUCUCGGUGAGCUUCAGGCCCCCCGACAACCCAUUAGCUCGGGGUGUCCAAUUUCCACAGGGCACCGGAGCCCGUGUUGUGGAGGAGCGCGGGGACGAGGAGGAUGUACCUAGACAGCCUCGUACGACUCGCAGUCACAGUGUCCGGGGCCCUGUGAGGGAUGCUCGACAGCACGAGCCGGCUCGUCAUUCAGUAGAUCCGGGCAAGCGCCCUGUGAGGGAUGCUCGACCCCACGAGCCGGCUCGUCAUUCAGUAGAUCCGGGCAAGCGCCCAGCGCCGCAUACUUCUUCAUCGUCGAGCGGAUCUCGGACUGUAUCCAGUCCCAGCGAGGGUGAGGUGGAUCGUAAGUGGGUGAAGAAGACGAUCCGUCAGGAGAUUAAGAAGGCCUUCGGCAAAUUCGUGGAGAAAUUGAAGAGCAAGGGCAAAAAGGAUAGGUGCAAGAAGAGCAAACAUUUCUGAGUGCCCGAC